GGUUAAAAAGUAAUAAUAAUAGAAAUGGCUAAGCUUACUUUCUCUCGUGUUUUUCUCUUCAUUUUCUUCAUAUCCUUCUUUGUUCAAUCAUCAAAUGCAGCCUAUAAUGUGAUCAGUUUUGGUGCAAAGCCAGAUGGGAAAACUGAGGCAACAGAAGCAUUCCUCAAGGCAUGGCAAUCAGCUUGUAACUCAGCCAUAGCCUCCACCAUUUACAUCCCAAAGGGAAGGUUCUUGCUAAAAGCAACUGUUUUUAGAGGGCCAUGCAAGAACAGAAUUACAGUUAAGAUUGACGGAACACUUGUGGCUCCAACAGACUAUCGUGCACUUGGGAAUUCAGGGUACUGGAUUUUGUUCAUUAAGGUUGAUAGAGUGGCAGUUUAUGGUGGCGCUUUGGAUGCAAAGGGAGCUGGCUUUUGGGCUUGCAGGAAUUCUGGAAAAAGUUGCCCAGUUGGUGCUAGGUCAAUAACAUUCAAUUGGGCAAACAAUAUUGUGGUCAGUGGCUUAACGUCGAUCAACAGUCAGCUUACUCACCUUGUAAUCAACAGCUGCAACAAUGUGGUGGUCCAAAAUGUGAAGCUUAUCGCUCCCGACCUAAGCCCAAACACAGAUGGCAUUCAUGUGCAGACCUCGACCGGAGUUACAAUCAAGGGAAGCACCAUGCAAACUGGAGACGAUUGCAUAUCAAUCGGUCCAGGCACAAACAACUUGUUGAUGAGCAACAUUAAAUGUGGCCCUGGUCAUGGUGUAAGCAUUGGUAGCUUGGCCAGGGAACUCAACGAAGCUGGCGUCCAAAAUGUAACGUUAACGAAUGCAGUAUUCACUGGAUCAGACAAUGGAUUAAGGAUCAAGUCCUGGGCCAGGCCCAGCAAUGGUUUUGUUCGGAACAUUCUUUUCCAAAACAUUGUUAUGAGAAAUGUUGAGAACCCCAUAAUCAUUGAUCAGAAUUAUUGCCCUGACAACCAAGGUUGUCCUCUACAGAGCUCGGGUGUGAAGAUUAGUGAAGUGACAUAUAGAAAUAUACAAGGCACAUCAGCUACAGCAGAGGCUGUGACAUUUUAUUGCAGUCCAAGUAGUCCUUGCAGAGGGAUCAAAUUGCGAGACAUCAAGCUUACUUACAACAAUAGGGCAACAACAUCAUCAUGUAAGAACAUUGGUGGAACAAGCAGUGGAGUACUUGUGCCAGAGAGUUGCCUAUAACUAAGAUUACAUGUUCAUGAACCAUUUGUGUACAUAAUAUAAUAUAAAUUCCAUGUGUGGGUCAAGAAAUAAUGUUGGUUAAGAUUAGCUUUGUCCUUAUCUUUUUAGUAAUGGGUGUGUGCACACCACAUGGAAGAACAUAUUAAAGCUUCCAUUGUUGAGUACUGUCGGGUUACUUGUUAAAUUUAAUCCAAACGAAAAAGUGUAGCUACACAUUUUUUUCUAUUUUUUACUUUUUUGGGUCAGUGAGAACAAAUUAUAUCUGAAUAAUAUAUGAGGGCAUG